GCGAUGUGCAGCCAGCCUGUCUUUUGAAUGUCACGUCAGUCAGUUUAGUCAGCCAUGUUUAUUUCUUUGGAAUGUGUUUGGAAAUUGUGGUAGUGAUAAAAAAUUGAAGCUGUGGAAUUAUUUUAAUAAUUUUAUUCGUAAUAACUGUGUAGUGAAGCUUAAAUGUGUUUUUUUGUGUAAGUGAGGUGAUCUUGUAACUACAUGAAAAUGAGUUGGGGCACAGAGCUUUGGGAUCAAUAUGAUAACUUAGCCGCCCACACACACAAAGGAAUCGAGUUUUUAGACAAGUAUGGAAAUUUUGUUAAGGAAAGGUGCGCUAUAGAACUCGAAUAUGCAGGAAAACUCAGGAGGCUUGUCAAAAACUAUCAACCAAAAAGGAAAGAAGAAGAUGAAUACCAGUACACAGCGUGCAAAGCGUUCAGAUUGCUCUUGCAAGAACUGGGCGACUUCGCGGGGCAACGCGAGGUGGUCGCGGAGAACCUACAGUCCAACGUGAUUCGGGAGCUGCAUCUACUCGCCAAGGAGCUGCGAGAGGAGAGGAAGCAACACUUAAACGAAGGCGCGAAACAAAUGGCUGUACUGAACUCGGCGAUAAGCGCGCUGGAGCGAGCGCGGAGGGCUUACGAGCGGGCUGCAAGAGAAUCUGAGCGGGCGCUUGAAGCCUUCCAGAGGGCGGACGCUGAUCUCAACUUGAGUCGAGCUGAGGUGGAAAAACAAAAAGCGAACAUGAAACUCCGAAGCCAGGCUUGUGAAGAGGCUAAGAUGGAAUACACAGACCAACUCCGAAAAACAAACGAGGCGCAACGGCAACACUACGAACAACGGCUUCCACACGUAUUCAAACAACUUCAGGAUUUAGACGAAAAAAGAAUAAAGAACAUUAAAAACUUCAUGUUGAGUUCAGUAGACGUAGAAAGGAAAGUUUUUCCUAUUAUUAUGCAGUGUCUGGAUGGAAUGGAGCAGGCCGCUAAUAGUAUAAAUGAAAAAGAGGACACACAAUUAGUUAUAGAAAGGUAUAAAUCGGGCUUCGUGCCGCCCGAAGACUUCCAAUUCGAGGCGGCGGCGGGAGGAGACACCACCGAUUCAGCCGCGCCACACCACCACCACAACCACUUGACUGCCGCGAGGGGGACCGUAUCGGGGAACAGGAUCAAAAAACGGGGCGGGCUAUUGUCCAUAUUUAGCUCUAACAAGAAGAUUGUCGAGGCGUGCAACUCGAUCAAGAACAACAUGUCGAUGGAUGGAAAGGAGGAUUAUUCAGAUUUGCCACCGAACCAAAAGAAAAAGAAACUACAAGCUAAAGUGCACGAGUUAAGUAAACAGGUAGCACAGGAACAGGCCGCGAUGGAAGGUCUAAUGAAAAUGAAAGGUGUAUACGAAACAAAUCCUACAUUAGGGGAUCCAAUGACUGUUGAAGGUCAAUUAAACGAAUGUUGUGAUAAGCUGAAGAAACUGCGCGCGCAGCUGCGGAAGUAUGAGGAACUACUGAUGGAGGCAAAUAGCCAGGUCAGCGCGCCCGCGCUGCAUCCCGCCGCGCGCACCAACGGCGCCGCGCCCACGCAGGCCACCAGUAUCGGUUCAAACAGCGAGUCGCUGUCGCGGUCGGCGUCCGAAUCGUCCGUUAGCACGGGCACGGGCGCGGCGGGCCCGGGCUCCACGUGUGGGCCCGGCGGGCGCGCCGCCGGCGGCUCGCCGGAGUCCGGCCUCGGCGGGGAGAUCGCCGCCGCGCACGCCGACCACGCCAACGGAGACCACGACCACGAUAACGACCAUGACCAUGACCACGACAACGACCAUGAAUCGGACUUUGAUUAUUAUUACGAACCGGAUCUGCAGCCGCUGGGGUACUGCAAAGCGCUGUACGCGUUUGAAGCUAACGGAACAGGGUCGACAAUGCGCAUGGAGAGCGGCGAGCGGCUGCUGGUGCUGGAGACGGACGCGGGCGACGGCUGGACGCGCGUGCGGCGCCAGCACACGCGCGAGGAGGGCUUCGUGCCCACCACAUACAUCGCCACCACGCUGUACGCCGACGCGCGCGCGCACUAGCCGAUGCGGUAACACUUGGCCCGUGGACUUGCGGUGUCAAGUUGACAGCGCGUCGCGCUGUGAAGUGAUCGAAUCUCGCUCGUGUUGGACUCUUGUCGUGUCGUGAUCGCUCCGGGCCCGCUGCGGCCCGAGGACUGUGCAGUGCGAUCGUCUCGUAUACUAUGUUACUGUAAUACCUAGUGUUGCGUCUUAUAGAUAACUAUCAAUAUUAUAGUGACUUGUAAAUAAUACACAAGUUGCUGACCAAAACUGAUAGGGCCGUCACAGAGAAUUAUAUCGUUAACGUCGUAAUGAGUGUAAAUGGCCAAUGUUCCAAUACAUUUGGAAAAUUAUUGUGCCUUACACUUUAGGUUAGGUUUAGAUAGACUGAAAUAAUAAUUGUAAUGCUCUUGGUAGACAACUAUCGACAGUAUUAUGCACGAGUGUUUCGACAUUAGCGGUGUAAUAUGGCGUGACGACCCUAUUCCAUUUGGGCCAUCAACGAAAUGAUUAAUUCGUGAGAUCAGAUAGUUUAGCGACAUUAGUUCACGUGCGUACUCACUGUGGCCUCUACUAUAGUAACAUAUAUUUUUGCUAUAAUUUAUCGUUACGGAAAUGUUAGCAUUAUUUUUUUAUCGUCCCUUUGUCAUUGAUUGUUCCGGCGGAGACCGUCGGAGAGCAAACGACGAAAUCAUAAUAACAUUCCAUGAUCUUAUUUAUUGUGUAUAUUGUUGGCUACUUGACAUACAUAUUUUCAUGUAUGCCGCGUGGCGUCAUAGUGUAAUGUUAUUGUAAUAUUGUGUAACACGUCUAGAUCUUCAUUGUGCCAGCUGUUUAUGGAUUAAGGUUUUUCGUACUUAUUAAUAGUUAUACUCUUGCUUUUAUGUGAUUCUGCCAUUGCAUUAUUGAAAUUAUAGCAAAAAUUAGGUUAUGAAUUAUUAAAAUUAGCUAACUGUGUAAAAUAUGUAAACUUAAACCUCAAAAUGAAAAUCAUUUAGUAUGUAAUUAAUACUGUAUCCAAUAUACAAUGUAUUAUAAAUAUGCUUACGUUACUUUCCAUUUAUGUACUAGUUAAUAUUGCUAGCUAAAUGUCGUAACUAGCCAAUGCUAUUUUCUGAUUAUUUGCUAUAGGCGAAACCGUAUAGUUAUGUAUUUAUAUAUAGCAAGAAGAAGAAUGAACGGACGCAUUUGAAUUUGAAUUUUAUAUAAAAAUAAAUCUAUAUUGAGGACUUUGAA